UGCAGGAAAUGUUGUGGCGGAGGAGCAUUCUCCAAAGACUGCACUACAAUGGCCGGCAUGUGACCUGUGCUUCGUUCCUCUCGCAAACAAAAAAUCUUCUUACUUAGACUUCACAUCUUCUUCUCCAUCAAUGUCUGCCGCGGGAUACAGCCGUUCCCAGAGAGCCUCUUCCGCUAUCUCUCCCUUUCGUUCCCGGAAGGCCCCUUCUGCCCCGCCGCCGGUCGCAAAAUCCUCAGGGAGACCCUCUUCUCCGUCUUCGACCACUUCGUCGAGACCUUCACCGAAAUUGCCUAUCUCUCCAGCCAGCCCAAGCCCGUCAAACCUUGAUCGUCCUGAGGUUUGCAAGGCAAAGGAGAAUGUCAGUGUCACCGUCAGGUUUCGACCCCUCAGUGCCAGAGAAAUUAAUAAAGGAGACGAGAUAGCUUGGUAUGCAGACGGGGAUCAUAUAGUGAGAAAUGAGAACAAUCCUUCCGUUGCCUACGGCUUCGAUAAGGUGUUUGGGCCUGCAACAACUACUCGGCAUGUAUAUGACGUGGCUGCUCAGCAUGUUGUCAGCGGUGCCAUGGAAGGAAUUAAUGGCACUGUAUUCGCAUAUGGUGUUACUAGCAGUGGAAAGACACAUACCAUGCAUGGCGAGCAGAAGUCACCUGGAAUUAUCCCACUUGCAGUGAAGGACGUCUUCUGUAUAAUACAAGAGACACCAGCACGAGAAUUCCUACUUCGCGUGUCUUAUCUUGAGAUUUAUAAUGAGGUCAUUAAUGACUUGCUGGAUCCUACUGGGCAGAACCUAAGAAUAAGAGAAGAUGCUCAGGGAACUUAUGUUGAAGGAAUCAAAGAGGAGGUUGUGCUAUCCCCUGCUCAUGCCCUUUCCUUGAUUGCUACAGGAGAAGAGCACAGACAUGUUGGUUCUAAUAAUUUGAAUCUGGUUAGCAGUCGAAGCCACACCAUAUUCACCUUGACUAUAGAAAGCAGUACUCGUGGGGAAAACACUGGGGAAGAAGAUGUGACACUGUCCCAUUUGCACUUAAUUGACCUUGCAGGGUCUGAAAGCUCUAAAGCUGAAACAACUGGGUUGCGAAGGAAAGAGGGUUCAUAUAUUAAUAAAAGUUUGCUUACUCUUGGAACGGUUAUUUCUAAAUUAACAGAUGGAAAGGCAACUCAUAUUCCAUAUCGAGAUUCAAAACUUACUCGUUUGUUACAAUCGUCCCUCAGUGGUCAUGGACAGAUUUCUCUCAUCUGCACUGUUACGCCUGCCUCUAGCAGUAGUGAAGAGACACACAACACGUUGAAGUUUGCAUCUCGAAGUAAGCAUGUUGAAAUCAAGGCUUCUCAAAACAAGAUUAUCGAUGAGAAGUCUCUGAUCAAAAAAUAUCAGAAGGAAAUUCAUGAUUUAAAGCAGGAGCUUCAGCAGUUGAAGCGUGGUAUAUUGGAGAAUCCCAAUGCUGCUGUAUCUUCACAAGAAGAUCUGGUUAAUUUGAAGCUUCAGCUGGAAGCUGGCCAGUUCAAAUUGCAGUCAAGAUUGGAAGAGGAGGAACAGUCUAAAGCAGCUUUGAUGGGAAGAAUUCAGCGACUCACCAAACUAAUACUGGUUUCCACAAAGACUGCAAUGUCUUCAAACAUUCCUGAAAGGCCUAGCCAUAGGCGCAGGCAUUCUUUUGGGGAAGAUGAGUUAGCAUAUCUUCCAGAUAGAAAACGUGAUAUUUUGACUGAGGAUGAUGCUGGAAGCCACGCUUCAGAGCCUUCAGUGGAAGGAAAGGAUGAUGACUUAGAUGAGCUGAUGAGGGAUUAUAAAAGGAACAAAAGACGGGGAAUGCUUGGCUGGUUCAAGCUGAGAAAACCUGAUCAGGGGGGAUGGUCACCAAAUUCUGAUGGCGAGAGCCCUACAAAUGGGACCCCUGCAUCAUCUUCAAAACAAAUGCCAAAUAAAGUAAUGCUUCGUGACGUGAAAGACCCACGCAGGAAUUCAAUCAGCACAAAAGAAAAUGCUUUAGCUCUUAAUUCAUCUCCUUUAAGAAACCAAGCCGGUGACUUGUUUAGUGGAACUACCAAAGGUCGUCAACUUCCUCCGACUGGGAGCACAAUAACUGAUCAAAUGGAUCUUCUUCGUGAACAAGUAAAAAUGCUGGCUGGGGAGGUGGCAUUAUGCACCAGUUCUCUGAAACGACGGUCUGAACAAGCUGUUAACCGUCCUGAAGAUUUACAACUACAG